GGUAGGCAGGCUCAGCAGCAGAGCACUGAAUAUGAAAUGAAAAUGCAGGAUGGAUAUACAUGAAUGAAAGGCGGAAGGAGAAUAACAAGCCCUAGACUCCAGAACUAUGAAAGAGGUUCCGCUGCCGCAAUGGGAACUGGCCAUUUACCUGCUCGUUUCGCUUGGUAUCCAUGUUUAUUCAUUUUAUGAGGUCUACUUGGUUUCCAAAGAGCAUGAAGAGGAACUUACUCAGGAGUUUGGUCUUGAAGCAGAUUCUUUAUCCUUAGGCCUAAAAAAGGAUGCCACGGAUUUUGAAUGGAGCUUUUGGACAGAGUGGGCUCGUUGGCCUUUGCUUUAUCUGCUGCUGGGUCAUGUGUUGGUUUCACAGCUCUGCAGGCAUUGCUUUCAACAGAUUCACCCUUGGUUCCUGAUGGCGUAUGGUAUGUUUGCUUGCUGGCUGCUACUGGGAGCCAAAGGACUGGCACUUAUAUUCCUGAAUAUCUGUGUUUCAUUCGCCGUAGCCCAGCUGAAAAUUCCAUUUUUAAUAUGGCUGAGUUCAGUAAUUAUGCUUUUAAUGUUGCAUGUCAGAGCUGUGGAAGAUGUCCAGCGUGGCUGGUACGUGAGUGAAAAUGAAUAUUACCUACUCGUGUUUACUAUGACUGUGCGCUGCUUAUUCUAUACAAGCUUCGGCCUGGAAUGGUGCUCUGAACAGAAGCUAAAUCCAGCCAGCACCUACUCCUUCCCCGCUAUGCUGGCUUAUGUCUUUUACUACCCCGUGUUCCACAAUGGCCCAGUUAUAACAUACAAUCAGUUUGCCAAACAGAUGCAAAGCCAACAAAAAAGAAAUUCCAGCCCAUUGAUCUAUGUGUUACUAGACAUGGCCCGGUUGUUCCUCUGGUGGGGGCUGGCAGAGCUCAUGAUCCACCUAAUGUAUAUGCAUGCAUUAUACAGCAGUCAUUCUCUGUUGGAGACCGUAUCCUGCUGGGCCUUAGGUGGACUGGCCUUGGCUCAAGUGUUAUUCUUUUAUGUGAAAUAUCUGGUCCUGUAUGGCCUCCCAGCCCUUAUUGUACGAUUGGAUGGACUAGAUCCUCCGGCUUUGCCCCGCUGUGUUAGCACUAUGUACAGCUUCACGGGAAUAUGGAGGAGUUUUGAUGUCGGGCUCCAUCGUUUCCUUGUAAGAUACAUUUAUAUCCCUCUGGGAGGAUCCCAACGUGGCCUACACGGCAUGCUGUUGUCCUCAGCCUUAACCUUUAUCUUUGUUUGUUGCUGGCAUGGAGCCCAUGAGUAUCUUUGGUACUGGGCAGCACUUAACUGGAUUGGUCUCGUCGCUGAGCAUGCUGGGAAGAAACUACUUGACAUCCCAGUGGUUCAACAUGCAGUUGACCGGACUUUGUCACCAAAGAUGCAUCGGCAAAUCCAUGCUGCUCUAGCGUCUGUCUCCACAGCGCUGCUCAUUCUGACCAACCUCAUAUUUCUAGGAGGAGAGCAAGUCGGAGCAAUCUACUGGAACCGACUGUUUGUGCAAGGUUGGCCAUGGGUGCCACUGACCAUUCUCGGCUGCCUAUUUUGCUUCUCCCAGGUCGGAAUAGAAUGGAAUCUGUUUUAUUUCCCACACUACAAGGGCAGAUUCCCUAUCUGCUCAGUGACUAAAAUAAUCACAUGAUUCAGGUCAAGGUUACUGGACUUUAAUAGGUUCUUCCGAGAAGAUGAUUGCAAAGGCUGACAUAUAUAUAUGGUAUGAUAUAUGUGCAGAAGCAAAUACAUGCAUAAAUGCAUACAUGUCAGUAUUAAUAGGGUUUGUAUUCUGUAUUAAGGGUAACCUCUCCCAUCUACCUCGUUUAAACACUUGGAAUGUGCACUUUGCAGGUAGGGUGUCCUUAUAGAUAUAGAUGGGCAAUGGUCUGAAUACAACAAGGUUUGGCUAGCUCCUUUGGAUCACUGUUAUAGGCCGCUGAGCCUCUCAGCUGGUACAGUCAUUUCAGUGUAUAACAUACAUUUCUAGCCAUAUUCCUUUUUAGGUUUGAGUUCUCCUUUGACAUCCUUAGUAGUCUAUAUAUAUAUAUAUAUAUAUAUAUAUAUAUAUAUAUAUGGAUCCAAUGCUUCCCUUCUAGAAAGUAGAAGUCUGUAACUUUGUAGAGACUUGUAGAGCGAGAAGACAAAUUCGUGACAAUUUAAUAAACAUGACGCUCACUAAAGGAACAGACAAGCCGAAAUGACCUUUAAUUGGCUCACCGUAGAAAAUGAGUCUUGAUUGACCUGUCUGCUGGAAAAAUAAAGUCACUGAGAGCGAAGAAUAAGUCACCGGGUUCCUGCUGUGAGUGGUGAUUAGAGCCUCGUGUGAUUAACAUCCCCAUGUUGGUCAGUUCCUGCGGUGCAUAAAGCAGCCAAUGUCAUACAGCAAAGCCGCCACUCCGAGGCGCUCUCGGCUCCCACUGCCGCUCAUUCCCAGGCUGAUGAAGUCUGACCUGAUGCACAGAGCUUAGCUAAGGAAGAAAGCCAUUUCUUAUGGACAUACGUCUUUCCUUCAAGCUGUGUUUUUACAUUGGGUCGUUCCGUAACGAUGAGACUCAGAAGUUUAUUAAUGGAAAAUUAUAUAUUUGCUGCCAAUAAUUAUUUUCAAUUACCUCCGCGUUUCUCCCCUCUAGGUUUCCAAACCCUUUGGGAUUCAUGGGGAAUAGUUUAAUUGCUAAUUUCUUUUGUAAUUAAAUUUGAUUAAACAGAAUAAUUGAACCGGCUACAUUCCCCAAAGUUGCCCUCACCUGGCACUCGGGAAAUAUGCAGGUUUUAAUUAUAUAUUCCCUUUA